CUUGGGUGUUCAAGCGAUUCGGUAUGGUCCAGGUGUUGCGGCAGAGGGAGCAUCGCGCCCGUUGUUCGAAAGUUCAUGCUUCAACGUAUUGUUCCAGUAAUCGCCAAUGCGCUGCGUCUGAAGUUCCCAGGACCCUCAGUCGCUGGCACGAAAUCUCACGAUCAUUCAGAAGAUAACUUGUACCAUGGUGUUAGCUUCAACGUCUCUAGCUACCCAUGUCUCAUCUCAUUGCCCUUAACAAUGGGCAGACCAUACCUGCUGUCGGGUUCGGAACAUGGCAACCGAAACCCAAUGCCAGCGAAGGCGUCCGCGCCGUCGAACAUGCGCUGAAAGCGGGCUAUAGACACAUUGAUUGUGCUUGGUACGAAGCGUUGGUUGAUUGUGAAAUGAUUUUGACGAGCGCAUCACACGGAAGGUUAUAUGGCAACGAAAAGGAAGUCGGCGAGGGUCUGCGUGCAUCGGGUGUUCCGCGGGAGGAGGUGUUUCUCACCAGCAAGGUUUGGGGUACAUACCAUAGACGUGUCGAGGAAUGCCUCGACCAGACGCUUGCAAACCUAGGAACGACAUAUGUUGACCUUUACCUCAUCCACUGGCCGGUUGCUCUGAACCCGAACGGGAAUCACCCUAUCAAGCCGAUGCGCGCGAACGGAGCCAUUGACAUUGAUGAAUCCUGGGACAUCAGAGACACCUGGAAAGCUAUGGAGGCUAUGGUAAAGAAGGGUAAAGUCAAGGCAAUCGGCGUGUCAAACUUCUCCCAGAUGAUUCUCGAGAAGAUUUUGCCCACAGCUGAGAUCAUUCCGGUCGUCAAUCAGCUCGAGCUCCACCUGUACAAUCCGCAGUUGAAGCUUCUCGAUUACUUGAAAUCGAAGAAAAUCGUUCCACAAGCAUACUCGCCCCUUGGUUCGACCAACGCUCCACUGCUGACCGACGAGACUGCCACUGAGAUUGCGAAGAAGCGUGGUCUCAAGAGCACAUCCGAUGUACUUCUGGGUUACCUGCUGACAAAGGAUGUGAUUGUUCUUCCAAAAUCAAUGACGCCAUCCCGUAUCGAGUCCAACUUGACCGGUGCGCUAGAAGCAUAUAAGGUUCUGACGCCAGAUGACUUAAAUGUCCUUGACGGUAUUGCUGCGAGUGGCAAGCAGAAGCGUUUCUUCUCACCUCAUUGGGGUAUUGAUCUCGGUUUUGACAACUGGCCCGCUCCAACCAAUUAAAUUGUAGGGCAAAAUUGUAGCAUCUGAGAUAGCAGAC